AUGCUGCGUCGGCUAGCAUUGCUGCUUGUGCUGGAGCUGACGGUCUGGGAUGUGGCGUCAGACGGUGAGCCACUGGUGCAGAAGUGCUGCGGCCGGCUGCAGCUCCUGGACGCCGGACACGUGUGUCGCAGAGCAGGAGCAGCUGCCAGCCAGGACGACGGCGGAGACUCCUGGUGGUGGCUUCCCAACAACUCUCUCAGUCUCAACGACUCGCCGACCGAUACGAAAGCUGUGACGCGUGCACUGUCCGGCUUGAGAGCAGUCUACAACACGACGGCACCCUGUGGCCAGGAGUCGCGCCUUGAGCUGGUCAACUUGCCUGGAGAAGACAUGGACGAGUUCCACUUGCACAUUGGACAUCAACAAGUGCGCCUGGAGGUGCUGGUGCCGGACUUGUCCCCAGAGGGCGCGCUGGUGCCAGCGCACUCCUUCUGCGUCGACGGCGUGCGCGUGGGCAGCAAACUGCUGCACGUCGCCUUCGCCUGCGUCUGCGCGGGGCCGGCGCCCUGUGUGCGCAAGUGCUGCAGGGACUACCAGGCCUACGACCUCACCGGCGGCGGCAGCUGCGUCUUCGUCACGGAAGAAGAAGAGGACCGCGACCCCAGCACCGGUCACUGGCGGCCAGCGCCAAGGGAUCCUGAGGCGAGUAGAUCGUACUUCCUGCUACGCAACCGCAAGCCCAACUGCACCGUGCGGUCACACCGUCUGCAGAGUAACAUGGACGACUUCCGUCUCCGGGAAGACGGAAAUCUCCUGGUGAGGAAACCAGUAUGCCGUACACUCGUUUUAUCCAUUCAUUUGGCCGCAACGUAGCUCUCUUCUUUUUUAUGGCCCAUUACGCUGAAGGAGAAGGAUGAGCUGUCUGAGAGCAUCUUGUUGCUCCUUCCUAUCUAUUUAAUAUUUUAAUAUUUUGUUAAAAUUCAUAUGCAGUUGAUUUUUGCAAAAUAUUACAAUGAAAGAACGAUUUAAAAUUAUAGUUUUGUUGCUGUUAUAAUGAUAGAUUUUACAGCUGUAGCUGAUUCUUUCUAUUGAUAUGUAAUAGGUUUGAUCUUUCCUAUGCUUUCAUGGUGACUGUACUUGUUAUUAGAAACGGUGUAUUCCACUUUACAGUGUUUCCUGUUGUGCAGCUCCGCUGUGAUAUAUUUC